GAGGGAUCCGAGGUUGAAAUGAAUUCCACGACAUCGUUCUUGCAGUCGAAGAAGCUUGAUCCAGAAGCACCUCCAUCAUAUGUCCCAAGUACUGAAUUAGAAGUCGAAGAAGUGAACGAUUCUCCGAUCGAGCAAGUCCGGCUAACAGUUUCCAUAGAAGAUAAUCCGAAGCUUCCAUGCUUGACAUUCCGAACUUGGGUCUUGGGCAUAACUUGUUGUGCCUUAUUAUCUUUCCUUAACCAAUUCUUUGGUUAUCGCCAAAAUGCUCUUGUCGUUUCAUCCGUCUCUGCUCAGAUUGUGGUUUUACCCAUCGGCCGUCUCAUGGCAACCUACCUCCCCAAGAAGGCGGUUCGUCUUCCAGGCACAAAAUGGUCUUUCUCCAUGAAUCCAGGUCCUUUCAACCUCAAAGAACAUGUCCUCAUCACCAUCUUCGCCAAUUCGGGUUCCAGUUCAGUUUACGCAGUGGACAUACUCACAAUUAUCAAGGCCUUUUAUUACAGACCAAUCCAUCCAUUAGCUGCCAUGCUUUUAACACUAUCAACCCAAAUGCUUGGUUAUGGCUGGGCAGGAAUUUUCAGGAAGUUUUUGGUUGAUUCACCUUACAUGUGGUGGCCUGCCAAUCUAGUUCAAGUCUCACUAUUCAGGGCUCUGCAUGAACAUGAAAAAAGACCUAAACGUGGUUUAACAAGGCUACAAUUCUUCCUUUUAGUCCUAGUAUCAAGUUUCGCAUACUAUAUAGUCCCCAAUUAUCUAUUCCCUUCUAUUACUGCCCUCUCCUUCGUUUGUUGGAUAUGGAAGGACUCUGUCACGGCCCAACAAAUCGGUUCGGGACUUAAAGGUCUUGGAGUGGGUGCAUUCGCCAUCGAUUGGUCCACGGUUGCUGGUUUUCUUGGAAGCCCUUUAGCCACCCCGGGAUUCGCCAUAAUCAACAUAUUGGUGGGCUAUGUUGGGGUUGUUUACGUAUUAAUUCCUAUCGCUUAUUGGACAAACAUGUUUCAAGCAAAGAAAUAUCCCCUGUUCUCGUCGCAUGUUUUCGAUGAUCAAGGGUUGCCUUACAACGUCUCAAUUGUAUUGAACCAAACGUUGUUUGAGUUCGACUUGGAAGGAUACAAUGGUUAUAGUAGGGUUAACCUUAGCAUCUUCUUCGCUUUCCUUUACGGGUUAAGUUUCGCAACUUUGGCCGCCACCGUAUCUCAUGUCCUCCUUUUUCACGGCAGGAGUAUUUGGCAACAAUCGAAGGCGUCGUUUGAGGACAAAUUCGGGGAUGUUCAUACGAGAAUAAUGAGAAAGAACUAUGACCCGGUUCCUCAAUGGUGGUUCUACUCAUUGAUGGUAUUGGUAACAGGUCUAGCCAUGUUGGCUUGUGAAGGGUUCGGGAGGCAGUUACAGUUACCUUAUUGGGGAGUCAUCUUGGCAAUGUCUUUAGCUUUCCUCUUCACUCUUCCUGUUGGUGUCAUUACAGCCACCACUAACCAGCAACCCGGAUUAAAUGUCAUAACCGAGCUUAUAAUAGGAUACAUUUACCCCGGGAAGCCUCUGGCCAAUGUCGCGUUUAAAACAUACGGUUACAUAAGCAUGUCGCAAGCGAUCAUGUUUCUGUCUGAUUUCAAAUUGGGACAUUACAUGAAAAUCCCUCCCAAAUCCAUGUUCGUGGUUCAGUUGGUGGGGACAGUUGUGGCAUCUUCAGUCUACUUUGGAACAGCCUGGUGGCUACUAACGACGGUUGAUUACAUCUGUCAUCCAGAAAGUUUACCGGAGGGCAGUCCGUGGACAUGCCCCGGCGACGAUGUAUUCUACAACGCAUCCGUGAUAUGGGGAGUUGUGUCUCCACUCAGAAUGUUCGGUCGGCUGGGGAACUACAUGGCGAUGAAUUACUUCUUCUUAAUUGGAGCCCUGGCCCCUGUUCCUGUUUGGAUUCUGUCGAGAAUAUACCCGGAGAAGAAAUGGAUCAGGCUGAUUAACAUGCCGGUUAUACUGGGUGGCGCCGGAGCUAUGCCGCCGGCAAGGGCGGUGAAUUAUAAUUGCUGGCUUGCGGUUGGUAUAUUGUUUAACUUGGUGGUGUAUAGGAAAUAUAAAGGGUGGUGGGCGAGACAUAAUUAUGUGUUGUCUGCGGGUUUGGACGCUGGAGUGGCGUUUAUGGCGAUAUUGAGUUAUUUUGCGUUACAGUUUAGGAAUAUUAAUGGGAUUGGAUGGUGGGGAUUGGAAUUGGAUGAUCAUUGUGAUUUGGGAGGAUGUCCUACUGCUCCUGGUAUUAAGGUUGAUAAUUGUCCUGUCUUCAAUUGAAAACAUCUAAGAUUGGGUUCAGGUUUUCAUUUUUCAUCA